UUUUCUGCUCCAAUCCCUGGAAGAUCUGGACAACAGUUUAAGGAAACUCAACUCUCGCCUGUUUGUUGUGCGAGGGCAGCCAACAGAUGUCUUCCCAAGACUCUUUAAAGAAUGGGGAGUCACUCGUCUCACCUUCGAAUAUGACUCGGAGCCGUUUGGUAAAGAGAGGGAUGCAGCUAUCGUCAAACUGGCCAAGGAGGCUGGCGUGGAGGUGGUGAUAGAGAACUCCCACACCCUCUAUGACCUGGACAGAAUAAUUGAGAUGAAUGGCCACAAGCCACCCCUCACCUACAAGCGCUUCCAGGCCAUCAUUAGCCGUAUGGAGCUCCCAAAGAAGCCAGUGAGCACCAUAAUAAGCCAGCAGAUGGAAAUGUGUAAAGUGGAUAUCCAGGAGAACCAUGACGAUGUGUAUGGGGUCCCAUCCCUGGAAGAGUUGGGCUUUCCUACGGAUGGGCUUGCUCCUGCGGUUUGGCAAGGAGGGGAGACAGAAGCCUUGGCACGGUUGGAUAAACACUUGGAAAGAAAGGCGUGGGUUGCAAAUUACGAAAGACCAAGGAUGAAUGCCAAUUCAUUGCUGGCCAGCCCUACAGGACUCAGUCCCUACCUGCGUUUUGGCUGCUUGUCCUGCCGUUUGUUUUACUAUCGUCUCUGGGAGCUGUAUAAGAAGGUGAAGCGGAACAGCACGCCCCCCCUCUCUCUGUACGGACAGCUCCUGUGGCGGGAAUUUUUCUACACAGCAGCCACAAACAACCCAAAGUUUGAUCGCAUGGAAGGGAACCCCAUCUGCAUCCAAAUCCCCUGGGACAGGAACCCUGAAGCCUUGGCAAAGUGGGCAGAGGGCAAGACAGGCUUCCCUUGGAUCGAUGCAAUCAUGACCCAACUGAGACAGGAAGGGUGGAUCCACCAUCUGGCCAGGCAUGCGGUGGCCUGCUUCCUGACCAGGGGUGACCUCUGGAUCAGCUGGGAGUCAGGAGUCAGGGUAUUUGACGAACUGUUGCUGGAUGCAGAUUUCAGCGUAAAUGCAGGCAGCUGGAUGUGGCUUUCGUGCAGUGCAUUCUUCCAGCAGUUCUUCCACUGUUACUGCCCCGUGGGCUUCGGACGUCGCACAGACCCCAGUGGUGACUACGUUAAGAGGUAUCUGCCCAAACUAAAGGGCUUCCCCUCACGAUAUAUCUAUGAACCAUGGAAUGCCCCGGAGUCUGUGCAGAAGGCAGCCAAGUGCAUCAUUGGGGUGGACUACCCCAAACCCAUGGUGAACCACGCGGAGACCAGCCGACUGAACAUCGAACGCAUGAAGCAGAUCUAUCAGCAGCUGUCGCGCUAUAGGGGGCUCUGUUUACUGGCAUCAGUCCCUUCAUGUGUGGAAGAUCUCAGUGGUCCAGUCACAGACUCAGCUUCAGGGCAGGGUUGCAGUACCAGUACAGCAAUGAGGCUGUCACAAGCAGACCAGGCUUCUCCAAAGCGCAAACACGAGGGGGCAGAAGAGCUGUGUGCUGAAGAACUGUACAAACGAGCCAAAGUGACAGGUCUCCCCGCUCCAGAGAUCCCUGGCAAGGGUUUAUGAUUCCAGUGACAAGCACCUUGCAAGUGAAGAGUGCGAGUGCUGAAGAGGUGACCAGAGGAGCAGGGACUGCUGACACAGAGGGACUGUUGUGAUCCGCAACAGAAAAUCUGGUCUCAUAUAAAUGUGUAAUUCCGAUAGCUGCCACAAAAGGGCACUGCAUUACUUGUGCUUGGGAAUAUUUGGCUUUCCGGUUUCCAAAGAGCCAAAUAUCUCUCUUCUCAGCCAUGCCCAAAAUCUGCCCACACUUAAGGGGGCAGGAGCCUUCUAUCAACUUGU